AUGUCUGAAGGAGAUGAAAGUAAACAAGCCGAAACUAACGGAACAUCUGCGACUUUCGCCAAGAUCAGCAUCAAAAUUCCUUCUUUUUGGAAACCUGACCCCAAAAUAUGGUUUCUUCAGGCUGAAGCCCAAUUCCGAAACGCUGGAAUUACAGCUGAUCAAACAAAAUACGAUUAUGUAGUCAGUUCUAUUGAAACAGUGACAUUGUCACAAAUCUCUGAUAUUCUCACCAAACCACCAGACAACGGCAAAUAUCCAGCCAUUAAAAAAAGGCUUAUUGAAAUUUUUGCCGACUCUGAAACACAGAAAACCCGAAAACUUAUGACCGAAUUAGAACUGGGUGAUAAGAAACCAUCCCAACUUCUCUGCGAAAUGCGUAACUUGGCGGCUGAGAAAGUGCCCGAUGAAUUUUUAAAAACUUUGUGGAUGCAACGACUAUCACUUGAUACGCGGAGCAUUUUAUCUGUAAGCAGUGAUGAUUUGUCCAAAUUGUCUACAAUGGCUGACAAAAUAUGGGAAUUAAAUCCCAAUCCAUCCCAGGUAGCUCGCAUUGUUUUUUCCCCAUUUGAUAACAUUACCUCCGAAGAUUUACAGAAGCAGAUAUCAAACUUGACACUACAGAUAGCAGAAAUGAAUACGCUUAGAAAUUCCAGUCCACAAAGACGACGAUACAGGUCGAAUUCUAGAAAUCGUUUCAAAAAUAACAAUGACCCAAAUAAUUGUUAUUUUCAUCAACGCUUUGGUGAGAGAGCGUACAAGUGCACCCCACCAUGUAAAUACCAGAUCUCGAAACAGGAAAACUGA